CGCCGCCCGUGAGUCCGUGGCCCCGGCGGGAAGCGCCGGACGAGCCCACUGAGCGGCCGCCGCGGGGGAGCGAGGGUUCCAAACUCCACCUCCUCCCUAAGUGAAGGUUUCCGUCCCUGGAGAGGAGGCGGUGCCCCAAAUCAGCCUUCGUCUCCUGCCGGAGUGGGAACGUCGGGACGGUCCUUUGUUGCCGCGAGGAGUAGGAGUGGGCGUGGCGGAGCCGCCUCCUCCCGGAGCUCUCCCAGGCCUGCCUCGCCGGCUCAUCCUGCAGGAGCCACGGCGCCAAAAUGAGCGAGGGGAACCCAGCCAGCCGGCCCACGCCGGUGCAGGACGUGCAGGGCGACGGGCGCUGGAUGUCUCUGCACCAUCGGUUCGUGGCAGACAGCAAAGACAAGGAGCCCGAAGUCGUCUUCAUCGGGGACUCCUUGGUCCAGCUAAUGCACCAGUGCGAGAUCUGGCGGGAACUCUUCUCUCCUCUGCACGCACUUAACUUUGGCAUUGGUGGUGACAGCACACAGCAUGUAUUAUGGCGGCUGGAGAAUGGGGAGCUGGAACACAUCCGGCCCAAGAUUGUGGUGGUCUGGGUAGGCACCAAUAACCACGGACACACAGCAGAGCAGGUGACUGGUGGCAUCAAGGCCAUUGUGCAACUGGGCUUGCUUCCACGGGGCCAGCAUCCUAAUCCACUUCGGGAGAAGAACCGACGGGUGAAUGAGCUGGUACGGGCAGCAUUGGCUAGCCACCCUCGGGCCCACUUCCUGGAUGCUGAUCCUGGCUUUGUGCACUCAGAUGGCACCAUAAGCCACCAUGACAUGUAUGAUUACCUGCAUCUGAGCCGCCUGGGCUACACACCCGUCUGCCGGGCCCUGCACUCCCUGCUUCUGCGCCUGCUGGCCCAAGACCAGGGUCAAGGUGUUCUGCCAGAGCCCACACCCUAAGCAUCCUGCCUUCCCACAUUAAAUUCUCCUUCCUUGGU